CUCCAACCCGGUAAAUCUCUGAUUCUGCUUCUUCCUCUCUACAGCAACAUUGAUUGAUCUACAUCUUUCACAGCGUCCAUUGCCAGGGCCCGAAUUGUGACUAACCUACAGUUUUCGACGGAACCUUCCUGUUGCUCAUAUUGAGAACACUGCCGUAUAGCAGACCUUUAGCGAGUUAGAAUAAAAAUUCGUUACCCGAAUACUAUCCGUUCAUCAUGGUCCUCCACAACCCCAACAACUGGCACUGGGUGAACAAGGAUGCUUCAUCCUGGGCCAGACAGUAUCUUGAAAACAACCUCGUUGGCAUUGCCGCCGAGGAGAAUGGCGUCGCUGCAAAUGUCUCCAAAGUACUGACUAUGGACGGCGAUGUGGAUGUCAGCCAGAGAAAGGGCAAGGUCAUCACAUUGUUCGACGUUAAGGUACAGCUUGAGUAUGAAGGUAAGACCAAGGACGAGGAACUGGUUAGUGGUACCAUCUCUGUUCCUGAGGUCGCCCACGACACGGAGGAGGAUGAGUAUGUCUUUGAGAUCGACGUCCAUUCCGAGUCUCCCUCGAAACAACCCGUAAAGGACCUUGUCCGUUCCAAGAUCACCCCUCAGCUCAGACAAUCUCUGGUCCAGUUGUGUCCAACCCUGAUCCAUGAGCACGGAAAGGACCUCCAGCACGCACCUGGUGUUAACCCGUCCAGCGGGUUCAAGCCUGCUACCAGCUACCCCCAGGUCAAGAAGGAAGCCCCGGCGUCCACCACUACCACCACCACAUCAUCCAACAAGAAGGUCGCCGUUAACACCGCCACCGUGACUGCGUCGGACGAGUUCCGCACCACUGCCGAGGAUUUGUACAGCACUUUUACAGACCCGCAGCGCAUCACCGCAUUCACCCGCGCUCCCCCUCGCCAGUUCGAGGGCAGCAACGUUGGCGCAAAGUUCUCCAUCUUCGAUGGAAACGUCGUUGGCGAGUACUCGAAGCUGGAGCCCCACAAGCUGAUCGAGCAGAAGUGGCGUCUGGCUCAGUGGCCCGAGGGUCACUUCAGUACUCUAGCGAUCAACUUCGACCAGAACGAUAUGGAUGGUGUUACUCAGAUGCGCGUCACCUGGACCGGUGUCCCUGUUGGUCAGGAAGAUGUCACCAAGCAGAAUUGGGAGGUUUACUAUGUGCGCAGCAUCAAGCAGACUUUUGGGUUUGGCACUAUUCUCUGAACGUCUCCAUAAGCACGCGGAAGCUUUGUGAAAUCAGUCCACAAACCCAUAGCCCAUCAUACCGUCUGCGUCAAAAACUCGUCCUAUAAACUAAACUAAAACAUUUUGCAUUGUUCUCAACAAUUGGACUUGAGAAAGCAGUACAUUUUCAUAAUAUGCUUUGAUCUUUUCCUUCUCCAUGAAUUUCUUUUUCUCAGUCCUGCUGGUUACGGAUAUGGUUACGAUACGAUUACGAUAAGAAGUUGUUGAAGCAUAACAUGAAGAAAUCAUAAAUCCUUGGAUAUUAAAAAUUUUUACGGAGUAUCAAG